UUUCAUUUGUAAUUUAUCAUCUCCCAAAAUCCCAAAAUUCCGUAAUUUCAAUGUUUUAUAAUAAGUUCUAAAGUUUCACUUUGAAAUGUGGUCGUCAUGAAUGCAUCGUGCAGCUGUUUCCAUGGAUGCAUCUAAACUAUAACCUAUCAUUGUAUUACAAUAUUAUUAAUUUAAAGAAAAGGCGCGAUAAUAAUAAAUAUUCAACAGAAACAAAAGCACAACGCCAGUAUUGUUAAAACAAUUGAUGGAAUAUUACGAAUGUAUCAAUAGUAAUAAUACAGCGUAAUUUGUAUUUUUGGAAAUAUUUCAAACAUUAUUGAAUUCAAGAAUUAUUGUUUUAGUAUAACAAAAAAAAAAUGAAUCGAGAGGAUUGGAGGAUUUCUUUGGGGACACGUAAUAAUUUAUUAUCUAAUGAUAUUCCGUACAUUCCUAUGUUAGUAGAGGACCUGCGAACAUUUGUUUCUUUUGAGGACCAUGAACAAAAUGGUGUUAAAACGAUACAAACAUUAGGAGAACUUAUUCCAAAGUCUGAGAGAAAUGCUACACUUUUAUCGUUAACACCAGGAAACAAUUCACAGUUCCCAAUAAGUUUUAAAAAUUUAGAUAUUAAUGAUAUAUACAUUAAGAAUUCAAAUGAUGCAUAUUGUCCAAUAUGGGAAAAAUAUGUUACAUUUAAAGUAUAUGGAAUUUUAAAGAAAGAAAAAUCAGAAUUUAUAUUAGAAAGUACACAUUUAGUACCAGUUCAUGAUGUAAAGGGUACAUGGAAUUUAAUGACUCAAUUAAUUUCAAUAGCACGUUCAGAAUAUAGAUAUUAUUAUCGUACUAGUGGACAAAACAACAUGUUACAGUUUCAAUGGAAUAAAAUGAAAGAAAACAAGAAACGCUUAGUGCAUGAAAAAGUCAAUAACAUGCAUUAAAUUUAAAGUCACAUGGGCAAUUGUCAGAACUGUGAUUACUCCCACAACGAUCGCAGAACUGUGUGCAACCAUACAAUUUCCAAAUAAAUGCAACUUCUUUU